UCUGCAAUUUUCUGUCCGUAUGCUGAAAUUUAUUUUUAUUUAACAGUUGAAGGGGAAACAAACAUAAAUAAAACUUGUGCUGCAUUUGGGCAAUGAACGCAUACGUUAAUCAUAUCGACCACAAACACGUUCAAACACUAGGACAGGCUAAACCAACUCUCUAAUUCAUAUAAGUAUUGUAGUUUACGAAAACAUCACACCCAACCAACAAACAUAACCAUCACUACCACCAUCUUCCACCACCACACCACCAAAACCAAACCAACCAAAAAACUACUGCUACUACAACCACCACCGUCUCAACCGAUUACAACUUUCCGGUCCAAGGUUAUUGUGCGUCUGCGUCUUAGCGGAGGCGCUUGUUCGGUUGACAAUUAGAAACAACACCAUUAAGAAACAGAACCGGGCCCUUCCAUGCACGAUGGCCAAGAUGUAUGGAAAGGGUAAGACGGCUAUCGAGUCCGAGGAUCAACAAAAAUUGCGAUGGCAAGUUGAACUUGAAUUCGUACAGUGUCUGGCCAAUCCCAACUAUUUGAACUUUUUAGCUCAGCGCGGUUAUUUUAAGGAUCAAGCUUUUAUUAACUAUCUCAAAUAUCUACAGUAUUGGAAAGAGCCCGAAUAUGCGAAAUACUUAAUGUAUCCGAUGUGUUUGUACUUUUUGGAUCUCUUACAAUACGAACAUUUUCGCCGUGAAAUUGUCAAUUCGCAAUGUUGCAAGUUUAUCGAUGAUCAAGCCAUUUUGCAGUGGCAACAUUAUACACGAAAACGCAUAAAGAUGUUUAACAGCGUGAAUGGUAUGGGCCAAAUGAAUGCUGCUGAUCCAGCUGCAAUGGAUCCACAACAGCAACUGCAACAGCAACAACAAAAUGCACAGCAGAAUCAACAGCAGCAACAAGGGCAACAGCAACCGGGUGGUGUUAAUGCACCUUUGGGCUUGCAAAACGGAAUGGUUAAUAAUGCACAGUUGCAGAUGCAGCAACAGCAGCAGCAACAACAACAGCAGCAACCACCACCGCAAGCACUACAACAACAGCAGCAGCAAAGUGUUGGCAAUGCUGCGAUGGGUAUGCCAAAUGGAAAUAAUGCCUCAACCAAUAGUAAUAAUUGAACAGAGUGAUGGUGUUGAAGAAUUUAACCUGCUUUCCUCUAAUUAGUUAGUAAUUAAUUUAAUUAUAUUGUAAACACUAUUUAAAUAGUGAUAUUAAAAGCAUUCGACACUUUUCUUCAUUUGAAAUGAA